GAGUCGUUACUCUUUAUCGAAAUUUCAGCCUACAGUUGUUCUGUGUUUCUAGCGCAUAUAAUUAGCCUUAACUUCACAAUUUCUUUUUUUGAGCUAACUAUGAUAACAUUUAACUUUAAUAACAUGAGAUUCGGUAUAUCGAUUUUUAGCGUGAAACAAAAACGUGAAGAGAACUUUUAACCAAGCAAUGUUUGUAUGGGUUGUCUAUGGUCUUACGGCUGAAAAUGAAAUGACGCACAUGAUGCAAUACGUGUGUGAAUAAAUGAAUGAAUAAGUUUUUCGUAAAGGUGAAAUAUCAUUUGCCGAAUGUGAAUUGUUUCUAGUUAAUGUACAAACUCAAGGACCAUGGGGAAAAAGAAAGGAAAGGGGAGUGAUUCAAAACCAUCACAACCUACAGAUGGAGAACCCAAUGUUACUGGUGGAAAGAAAAGCAGAAAAAAGCAAGAUGAUAAUUGGGAAGAUGAUGUACUGAAUGAAAUAGCUGUUAUGGCUGGAGGUGAUGAACCAGCUUCUAAAGCAGAGUCUGUGAAGCCAGAUGCUACCAAGAAGGAAAAUGAACCACAGAAAACUGCAGAACAAACCACGCCUGCUACGGAAAAUGCGGAACCUGUUGUGGAGAAAAAAAAGAAUAAGAAAAAAGAUAAAAAAGGAAAUAAGAAUGCCCAAACUAAACCUGUCACUUCUGAUAAAACUGACGAGCAGAAAACUGAGAAUGAUUCAGAAUCAAAAAACAAAGCGGAUGAUGCAAAACCUGAUGCUGAAGAACAGGCUGAGGGAACGCAAUCAAAUAAGAGCAAAAAAAAGAAAAAGGCAAAGCAAGCUGAAGAAGAGAAAGCGAAGAAGGGGAAACCAAAUAAAGCAAUGCUGAAAGUUAUUCAAGAAACUUUAAAAAAGAAAAAGGAAGAAGAGGAGCGUCUCCAACGGAUAGAGGACGAGAGAAUUAAAAAAGAAGAAGAUGCGGAAAAAGCAAGAUUGCAUGCUCUCGAGCUUAUUAGACUGAAAAAAGAAAAAAAGAAGCAAGACAAAAAGGAUAAAAUAUUAAGGUUGAAACAAGAAGGAAAAUAUCUGACUCCAACUCAACGGGAACAACAGAAAAGGAGGCAAGCAUAUCUGGAAAGUUUAAAACAACAAGGUAUUGCUAUCCCGGAGAAGGGAACAGAAGAAAAAAUGAAGAAACCUAGAUAUGAAAAGAAGAAGAAAGUUAAACAAGUUGAACAGAAGUCGGACGAGCCAGAAGCUGAAGACGAAGAGGUGGUUGAGGAGGAACCAUUCGAGAUAAUUGAUGUGGAAGGGGAUGAGGAACUAGUAGAAGAAGAAGAAGAAGAAGAGGAAGAAGAUCUUGGGUGGGAAGCAUGGGAUGAUGCUCCUGUUGAUGAAGAGAAGAAAGAUGAGGAGGUUGAAGAAGACUCUGAGAGUGAUGAAGAAGAGGAGUCUGAAUCGGAAGAGGAGGAACCUGUUGUUGAGCAUGAGAAGAACAUGUCCUCUAAGGAAAAAGUCAAGUUGAGAUUGGAGAAGCAAAGAAAGCAAUACGAGAAUGAAAAAUCCAUUAAAGAUCUUCGCUCGCCAAUUAUUUGCGUCAUGGGGCAUGUCGAUACUGGCAAAACGAAGAUUUUAGAUAAAAUUCGACACACUAAUGUACAGGAUGGUGAGGCUGGUGGUAUUACUCAGCAAAUUGGGGCCACUAAUAUUCCAGUUAAUGCAAUCCUGGAGCAAACGAAAAUGGUGAAGGAUCGUAAAGAGAUUCAGUUACCUGGGCUGUUGGUUAUCGAUACCCCAGGUCACGAAUCUUUUAGCAAUCUGCGUUCUCGUGGGUCUUCAAACUGUGAUAUGGCGAUUCUUGUUGUUGAUAUUAUGCAUGGUCUUGAACCACAAACUAUAGAAUCAAUUAACAUGCUUAAGAAAAAGAAAACACCAUUUGUUGUUGCUUUAAAUAAAAUAGAUCGACUCUACGAAUGGAAAUCGCAGCCGAAAAUGGAUAUUACAAACUGUAUUCAAUCUCAGAAGAAAAAUGUUAUGAAUGAAUUGACAGAAAAAGUCAAUGGGGUGAUCGUACAGUUUGCUGAACAAGGUUUAAACGUGAAGUUGUAUUAUGAAAAUGAGGACCCAAAGCACUGGAUUUCUAUGAUACCAACAUCUGCUAUAUCUGGCGAUGGUAUGGGUAACUUAAUGGCACUGGUCGUGCAGCUAUGCCAGACUGUGUUAGUCAAACGACUGAUGUACUCUGAACAGUUACAGUGCACUGUGUUGGAAGUAAAGGCAAUUCAAGGUCUUGGUACAACUAUUGAUGUUAUUCUUACUAACGGAAGGCUGAAGUACGGUGACACAAUUGUGGUUCCAGGCGUGGAAGGUCCAAUUGUCACUCAUGUCAAAGGAUUGCUCAUGCCGGAACCUUUAAAGGAAUUGCGUGUGAAGAAUCCUUAUACAAAAUACAGUGAAGUGAAAGCCGCUCAGGGAAUCAAAAUUCUUGCAAAAGAUUUAGAUAAAGCUAUGGCUGGUGCGUCAUUGCUUGUGGCCCGUGGUGAAGAAGAAAUUGAAAUAUGUAAAGAAGAAGUUCAAGCUGAAGUUAAUGAAGCUUUGAAGGCUAUUAAACUGCAAGAACGUGGUGUGUUUGUCCAAGCCUCCACUUUAGGAUCUUUAGAAGCAUUGUUAGAGUUUUUAAAACAAUCUAAGAUACCAUAUGCUGGGAUUGGAAUUGGUCCUGUGCAUAGAAAAGAUAUCAUGAAAGCAUCUGUAAUGUUGGAGCAUGAUGAUCAAUGGGCUGUGAUUCUCGCUUUUGAUGUGAAAGUGGAGAGAGAAGCACAAGAGAUAGCUGAAAAUCUCGGAGUGAAAAUUUUUACAGCAGACAUCAUAUACCAUCUGUUUGAUGCGUUUAUGCAGCAUAGAGAAGAUCUGAAGAAACGUAAGCAAGACGAGUUCAGACAAGUUGCUGUGUUCCCAUGCAAAAUACGCAUUGCUCCGAACUGUGUUUUUAAAUCCAGAGACCCUAUCAUUAUAGGAGUACAGGUAGAAUCUGGGCAGCUGCGUGUCGGGACUCCGAUCUGUGCUCAACUUCCCUCUGGUGAAAUCCUGCCAGUGGGUAUAGUUGCGAGCAUGGAGUUUAAUCAUAAACCGAUUGAAAUCGCUCGUAAACCACAAGAAGUUUGCAUCAAAAUUGAAGGAACACCUGGAGAAGCACCGAAAAUGGUGGGCCGCCAUUUUGGAGAGAAAGACUUAUUGAUGAGCAAGAUAAAUCGCGAUUCUAUUAAUGCCUUAAAAGAUUGGUUUCGUGAUGAUAUGACAAAAAAUGACUGGCAAUUAAUUAUUGAGCUAAAGAAGUUGUACGAAAUCAUUUAAAAUUUAUUUUUUUGCAGUCAAGUUUGAUAUUUUUAUGGUGGAUUAUAGGUAACCGGGAAUUUUGCUUGUAUAAGAAUUAUGGUUGUGUAUUUGGGUUUAAAUGAAUUUGUUUUGCUUUUUAAAGUAAAGUUACAUACGGAUAUGUUUUUGUUUUCAAAUUGUGCUUGAAUUUCCAUUCCAUAUAUAUAUGAAGUUCCCAAAUAGAUAAAGUUAAGACUGUUUUUGGUUAAUUCUAUUGUUAUUUACCUCUGUUAAUGGUAUUAUUUCAAUGGUUUUGAAGUAUUUUUCCAAAAAUACGCAGAUAUUUUUGUCUUUGUUUUGUCAUAUUUUUUUGAGUUUGCACAGUUUGAUACUGUAUGUAAAUGGAGGGUAAUAUUGAAAAGUAAUAUUGAAUUAGAUAAAAAUGCUCUUUAAAAUCCACCAGUAAAAUUUCUUUGUUUUUAAUGUGCUAAUUGAAUCAAGUGUUUCCAAAG